GACCCGCUGCGGGAGGAGGAGGAGGAGCGGUUACGUUCCCCCACGCCGCCUCGUCUCCCUACCGGCGGGGAGAGCCAUGCGGCCGUCCCGCCGCGUCGCAGCCGCGCUGAGCCCCGCCCGUGGGGAGGGCGGCGGUUUGCCGCGGCUGCUCGUCCCCGGGGCGCUCGCCUGCCUCGUGUGGGUCUGCGGGGCCCGGAACCCGCCGGAGGCGUUCUGUCCCGCUGUGCCGGGCCCGAACGCGUCGCGCCUGGAGCAGAGCUGCGAUAGGGAGCGGGCGGCUGCCGGCAUCGGCGCGUGGAGCCUCAGCUUGGGGAGCCUGCUGGAUCCUUUUCCAAUUGAUCCAAUCCAAGAAAAUUAUGUCCGUAAUGUAAGAAACUGCAUUUUUUCCAUUGUGUAUCCCACACCUUUUAAAUCCAGAGUUCUUCUUGUGGCUGUUUCAGAGGAAGUUAUUGAAGAUAUUUUGGAUCUUCAUAUAUCUGUCAAAGAAACAUCUGAUUUUCUUCAGUUUGUCAGUGGUGAGAAAGUGUUACAUGGGUCUGUUCCAUUGGCCCAUAGGUACGGAGGUCAUCAGUUUGGCAGCUGGGCAGGUCAGCUGGGCGAUGGAAGAGCCCACUUGGUCGGAGUGUACACAAACAGGUGUGGUGAGAGAUGGGAACUCCAGUUGAAGGGCUCAGGAAAGACCCCAUACUCCCGGAAUGGUGAUGGAAGAGCUGUGCUUCGCUCUUCUGUGCGGGAAUUUCUGUGUAGUGAGGCUAUGCAUUAUCUUGGAAUUCCAACAAGCAGAGCUGCUAGCUUAGUUGUAAGUGACGAUGCUGUGUGGAGAGACCAGUUUUACAAUGGAAAUAUUAAGAAAGAGAGAGGUGCAAUAGUACUCCGUCUUGCCAAAUCGUGGUUUCGUAUUGGAUCCUUAGAAAUCUUGGCUCAUUCUGGGGAACUGGACUUACUAAGGAGAUUGCUGGACUUUAUCAUCCACGAACAUUUUCCAUCAAUAGUCCCCAACAGUUCAGAUAGGUAUCUGGAAUUUUUCUCUACAGUCGUAUCAGAGACAGCAAAUUUGAUUGCAUUGUGGAUGUCUGUGGGUUUUGCACAUGGUGUGUGCAAUACAGAUAACUUCAGUUUGCUAUCCAUAACAAUAGAUUACGGUCCGUUUGGAUUUAUGGACUCCUAUGACCCAAAUUUUGUUCCAAACACGUCUGAUGAUGAAGGGAGGUAUAAGAUAGGAAACCAGGCCAAUGUUGGGCUGUUUAAUCUGAACAAGCUGUUACAAGCUCUGAAACCUUUAUUGGAUCCCAGGCAAAAACAGCUAGCUUCCCACAUUUUGGAAGAGUAUGGCCAAACCUAUUACGUCCGUUUUACAGAAUUGUUCAAAAGAAAACUGGGGCUCCUUGGAGACAGUGAGGAUGAUAACUAUUUGAUUGCUUUUCUUCUAAAACUCAUGGAAGAUACGAAGGCUGAUUUCACAAUGACAUUUCGACAGCUCAGUGAAAUUACUGCAGAACAAUUAAAGGAGCUCCAUAUUCCUGAGGAGUUCUGGGCUCUGCAGGAUCUGGGGAAACACGGGUUAUUUUCUGAAUGGGUUGCUAUGUACCUCUCACGAUUAGAUGGGAACAGGGAUGAUUCAGACAUCAAGAGAAGAAAAAGAAUGACAACUGUUAAUCCUAGAUACGUGCUUAGGAAUUGGAUGGCAGAAUCAGCAGUGCGGAAGGCUAACCUGAAUGAUUUUUCAGAGGUUCAGCUGCUGCAGCAGGUCUUACAGCAUCCCUUCCAGAGGCAGCAGGCUGCAGAGAAAGCAGGAUACGCCCUGCGCCCGCCUGCUUGGGCCAGGGAUCUUAAAGUCAGCUGCUCAUCCUGAGGGAAACCUGAACCAGCAGAACAACUGUCGGAGUUCAGACCUUCUGGUGGGAGUGAGGAAGCAAGCCUUACUAAGGGACCUUCGCUUCCCCAUGCAUUGUGGACUUGGAAUGUGCUGCUCUGCUAGACAACUUCUUGACCAACCUUAUAAAGUCUAAAGAUUAAAGAAAUGGACCACUAUGUACGUUUGCAUCAACAAAUUACACCGGUAUUUGUGACCAUCUUGGGAGUGACUUACCCAAAGUACCUUCGCCACAGUCAGGUGUGUGCUAAGCCUGCCUCUCUGUUCUUGUUCUCUGCUCCUCUCUUCUUUCUUUGUAUGAGAGAGAUUAUAGGUGCAUGGAUACUCAGGGAAUUUUCACAGGCGGCACAUGGAAAUAGGCUUCCUUGCAAGUAUCCCCUUAUAUGUAUUUUCAGGUCCAGAUACCUUUUGUAUUCAGCCUCCUGAUGAUCUGACUAUCAUAUUUCCAAGCUGUUACUGAGCAGCAUACCUUGGAUUGUAACCGAGCAGGACUCCUCUUUGGUUUUAGUCCAGUGUCUGACAUUGCAAUUCCAGAUCAUGAAACUAAGUGUAUAAUUAAAACAAAAUUAAUACAUAAGCAAUCAGGUGCAUUAUUAUACUACAAAGCUUAUAGCAAAAAUCACUUAAUAACAAUUAGUAACAAUUUGUUACUUCUUGAUGCUACCUCAGCUCUUCCCAGUUCCAAAAUGGAUUGUUUUAGAAGCUCCAGCUGUCCUGAGUGUCACUUGCAUCUGAAAUGGAGGCUGUGCUGUGAUUAGCAGUUCAUAAAUCUGUUUCUAUGUAGGUAUAAUUAGCCAGGGAAAAAUAUAUUAUUAGAAAUCUUCCGUUGACUGAAAAAAAAAGAAAAUACACGAAUGCAUUUGCUUCUUAAGUACAGACAACAUAAUUAUUUGGGAUGUUUUUUCCUCGGCUACAUGGCUGCUCAGCCCAAGUUAACUCCUUUUGCAAACAGUAAGUGCUCUUCUGCAGCUGCUGGGAUGGGCGUUUGAGGCAGCGUUGCCCCAGCUAAGAGCAGUGGGCUGGUGGGAGCUUCUGCAGGAGCCCUGCUGUGGCUGGUGGCAUUCCCAGCCGGAGGGAGCACUGCUGCCGCUGCGUGUUCUACAGUCAUUUGAAAACAGCAUGUUUUGGUGAAAUGGUAUCUUGACUAUUCAGCUUUCAUAAAAAUCACUGCUGACUGUUGCAGGUAAUGACGCUGCCUUAGGGUGUUUUGCAAGAGCAUGGCAAUUUCUAAGUCUUAACUAUACUGAAUCUUUUCUGUUCUGCUUAUCCCUCUCAAAGAGAAUGCGCAUGUUUCCCACUUAGUGUGAGUGUCCAACCCAACCAUUCUGUCAUUCUCUGGUUGGUUCUAUGAGACUUGUGCCACAUGAUCCACUUCAGUUUCUAUUUUUUCUCAAAGUGCGUGAAAAAGAACACUUGAAAAACAGAUGAAAUUAUCUCAACAUUACCACAGAGAAGUGAGUGCACAUCUUGCUCAGAAUUUUGUACCACCUCACUUUCUAUAUCUGGAUUUUAAUCAUAGUGGUUAAUGAUUACAGUGGAAGCAUUAAUACUGUGUUUCCUGGCAUACUUCCUGAAAUUCUUACAUUGGCUUUUGCCUGAUGCUCUGGAGCUGCCUCUUCCUUCACAUUAUGUAAACACAACAGAGAUGCAAAAGCAGUUGGGGAGUAGCAGUACUGAGACUGGCUGAGGUAUUUGUGCCGUCCUUCCUACACCGGAGGGCUGCAGGGAGAUUCAGCAGCGGUGACCUUCACAUGCAGACAUCUUUCCCAUAUGGCUCUGCCUUUUUACUCCUAAGGACUGAUGCAAAGCUGAUCUCUUGGAGUAGGUCCUUCUUUCCUCUGAGAUGUAAGAGCCUGAAGAAGACGGCUGCUGAGGCUGCUUCCACUUCAGCUCUGGGGAAGGGUUGAAGAGAACAUGCUGCAGCUUCAGGGUUUUUGGACCUUUAUACUGCAGCCUCUGAUAAUGUACAUGCUACCUGGACCUACAGGAAUAAGACAGUUUCAUAUGGCAAUAAUUUAGAUAAACAAGAAAGGAUUAAUUUCUGUAUUUUUUUUUUUUACAAAUACUUUGUUCUACAGUCUUGAAGAUCUUUCUCUACUUUGUGGUAUCAUUUCUGUGCCAAAUGAAGGCAGACAAUUGCAUAUCAUUGAGAUGAUGGCUCUGUUUCUGAAUGGAAAGUUGGAAUACUUACAUUUCAGAAAUUCAAUGCAACCAUUCUGUAUACAGAAUAGUUGAUCAAGGCCCCAUCAUGGCAGCAUCUGAGUCGAUCUCUGGAGUUUUGUGUAGGCUUUCAUUCUUGUUCUGAAGACAGCUCAACUGGUUUUCCUUGUGAAGCAUUAAGUACGUGGGUUAUGAUCGACGGAGAAUGUGAAAUGUAUAAAAUUGAGCUUAUUGUGCUGUAACAAAAGAGAAAGGAGGAAAUGGGGCAGGAGGCUGAACGUUCUUGGGAGAAGAGUGAGUGCUGGGAAAGCCAUGUAAAAAUCUCAGUGCUCUGUGAACAGGGAAAGUGGCUUUUUGUGCAGCCGUGGUUUAAGUUGAUGCUGAAUAUGUAUUUCAUAAAAGAAAAUUCAUUCGGUUUAAAAAUGGUUGGAUAGCAGACAGUUGUUCUCCUGUCUGAACCAAACCUCCGCGCUCCCAAUAACUGGGCACAAAACCCCCAGCUCCUCUGUUUGUGAUUCUGCACAAUGUUUAUACCAGUUAGAUGUGAACAAAUGAGAGGUAUAGAUCCUAUGUUAUUAUUUUAACCCUUAAUUUUAAUUUAAUUCUAAUUUUUUAGUUAGUGGGUGGGUGGGCCCUGUUUAAACUGCUCGUGUACCCCUGCAUGGUGGCCCUGGCAGUCUCUACCCCAUCCAUCUCUGUCUUUGCAGGAACACAUCCAGGUCUGCAUGAGACAGACUGGGAGAAACAGAAGUAUGGAACCAAGAAGGUAGAGGCAAAAACUCCCUGCAAGGAACCAAAUCCAAGUAAAACACCCACUCAUUAACUGUGACACCGCAGUUACAAAAUAGAAGCUAUUUUUAUUUAAGCACUAAGAGUGACUGCUGUCUAAAAGAACAAUAGAGAAUCAAACUGGAGAACAAAGGGGAAAAAAGGAGGAAGAGACAUAUUCAUAUCAGGCAUGAGAUAAAGACUUUAUGAAGACAGACUACUCCUAGGUACACUCUGAAGACAAAUGCUAACUGAGAGAUGACAACCUUGCUACUGGGGGGAUGCAACAUUUUGAGGUAAAAGUUCUUCUUUGUUGAAAAUUAACCAAAUAAAUGAGAUUGAAAGACAGCA